AUGUAUUUUCCGGAAAACUAUUAUUCUGUUGUAUUUCUUUCUUUCUUAAGUGUAUUUCUGAGGAGGGUGCUCACGUGGUUUACAAAGUCAUGUACUUCUGAGUAUGAUCAAGAGAAGGAAUUUGGUGUUGACCCUUUUGAUGAGCAGAUAGGCAUUGUUUGGCCAGUAGUAGACAAGUCAAAAUGGGUGGUCAGUGAACGUGAUCGAGUAAAAAAUAAUAAAAUAAAUUAA